AAAACUAGUUAAACAAUUUUGAACCCUUUCUUAAUAAACGAAGAUAUUACAAUCAAUUGCGACGAUUAUAAAACGACGUCACGAGUCACAAAUGGAUCGCUGGGUCGGCAAAGUGGCAGUGGUGACUGGCGCCAGCGCGGGCAUCGGCGCCAGCACUUGCGUGGCGCUCGCCAACGCUGGACUCACAGUUGUGGGGCUGGCGCGACGGGCGGAGCUUGUUGAUAGACUAAAGGAAAAAAUAACUGGGAGUGGAGCGAUUCACAGCAAGCGGUGCGACGUGUCAAAGUACGAAGACGUGGUGGGCGCCUUCGCGUGGGUUGAACAGGCGCUUGGAGGGACAGAUGUGCUGGUGAACAACGCGGGAGUGCUCAUACCGGGACACAUCACAGAUGUUGGAGACAGCAAAAUCGACGAUGCCAGCAUAUUAUCCGUCAUCGACACCAACUUCAAGGGACUGGUGAUGUGCACACGCCAAGCUGUAGCGUCAAUGAAGAUACGAAACUUCGAUGGCCACAUCAUAAACAUUAACAGCCUGGCAGGCCACUACGUGCCGUUCGACUCGUGUUUCAACGUGUACUCGGGCACGAAGCACGCCGUCACCGCCUUCAGCGCCGCGCUGCUCAACGAGCUCGCCGACUGCCACAGCAGGAUCAAGGUCACGAGCAUCUCCCCAGGCAAGGUCCGCACCAGCAUGUCGAGGGAUACAGAGCGAGGCCUGGAGCCGGCAGACAUAGCUGACUGUAUCGUCUACGCGCUGUCCACUCCACCUAAUGUCAAUAUUUACGAACUAGGAGUCUGUUCUGUUGCUGAAAAGAAGUUAUGAGGUGAAGUAAGUUUUUUUAAAACAAUUCCAGAUAUCGCGAAUCACACGUUUAAUUUCCUAUUAACUUUUAUAAUUAUUUGAGAAAUAUAUUCCAUUAUUAUUUUUGAA